ACAAACUGACAAACACCCAUACACCAGGAGAUUCUGUUGUUAACUCAUUUCAGGCACAAUUUUCCUGUAGGGUCAACUCCUCUUAGCUUAUAAAAUGCUCUAGUGCACAGAGUAUUAAAAUUGCCAACUCUCCUUUCAGACUGAAACUUAAUUUUGCUUAUAGCAUGAAAAUUGCCAACUUUCUUUUCAGACUGAAACUUGUUUUGUUUAGGGGUUAGGUGGUCCCAAUCUCAACUCAAAGAGUGGCUUCUUUGUGUACUUGCUCCACAAAACAGUAUCCGUUUCUUCGCAAGUUUGCGUUUUGAUGCUGUUUUGAUUAAUUGUUUAGUUUUGUGUUCAUAUUUGAAGAGAGUUUGAUUAUUUGAGAGAGAGGGGAGAGUAUGUCUGGGAGGUUUGGAUCAAAAUGUUAUGGGAAUUUGAGAUUAACAGUAGUAGUUUUGGUUGGCUUGCUUGUUUUAGCUUCUGUGAUUGCUUCAGCUGAAUCAAGUUUGAAAGAAGAAACUAAAAGACAUGAUGAAAAUGAAGAAGCUGAAGAUAAUCAAGAAACGAAACCAUCUUCUCCAAAAACUCGGUCAGGUUACAGACAUGUUUGGCCUGACAUGGAAAUUGGGUGGAGAAUUGUGGUGGGUAGCAUAAUUGCAUUCCUUGGAGCAGCUUGUGGGAGUGUAGGAGGUGUCGGUGGAGGUGGCAUAUUUGUUCCUAUGCUUGCCUUGAUCAUUGGAUUCGAUGCAAAAUCAUCGACAGCACUCUCAAAAUGUAUGAUCACAGGUACAGCAGUAGCUACAGUUGUCUAUAAUCUGAGGCAAAGGCAUCCAACACUCGAUCAACCUGUCAUCGAUUAUGACCUUGCACUUUUAUUUCAACCAAUGUUGGUGCUUGGAAUCAGUAUUGGAGUUGCUUUCAAUGUGAUUUUCGCCGAUUGGAUGAUCACAGUUUUGCUAAUUAUUCUGUUCUUAGUUAUGUCUACUAAGGCAUUCUUGAGAGGAAUUGAAACCUGGAAAAAGGAAACCAUAUCAAAAAAGGAGGCUGCUAAACGCUUGGAAUUAAAUAGUACUGGAAAUCAAGUAGAAGAAUUCAAAUGCGAACCCGAGUCUUUAAGCAACACAACUCCAAAAGAAACCAAGGAACCUAUAAAAACAAAGUUCUCCGUUCUUGAUAAUAUUUACUGGAAAGAGCUUGGAAUUCUGGUUGCUGUCUGGGUUAUAAUCCUUGCACUGCAGAUUGCUAAGAAUUACACAACAACCUGUUCUACGCUAUUCUGGACCUUAAACAUCUUACAGCUACCAGUAGCUGGUGGAGUUAGUCUAUACGAGGCUGUUAGCUUGUACAAAGGACGGAGAAGGAUUGCGUCGAAGGGAGACGUAGUCACGAACUGGCGAGUAUAUCAGUUGGUUCUUUGUUGUGCUUGUGGUAUAACGGCUGGUGUAGUUGGUGGACUUCUUGGUCUUGGUGGAGGAUUCAUUUUAGGUCCUCUAUUUUUGGAGCUUGGAAUCCCUCCUCAGGUGUCAAGUGCCACAGCCACCUUUGCCAUGACAUUUUCUGCAUCAAUGUCUGUCAUAGAGUAUUACCUGCUAAAACGUUUUCCCAUCCCUUAUGCUCUCUACUUCUUCUCCGUGACGACCAUUGCAGCGUUAGUAGGUCAACAUUUGGUGAACAAGUUGAUAGAUAUAUUAGGCAGAGCAUCUAUAAUCAUCUUCACUCUGUCCUUCACUAUCUUUGUGAGCGCAUUAUCACUAGGUGGAGUAGGCUUGGUGAAAAUGAUUGAAAGGAUUCAGCACAAGGAGUACAUGGGGUUUGAUAAUCUUUGUUCAUAUACUUAAUUGUGUGGGCAACAAGAGGGAACGGACAUAUAAUAUAGGAAAUCUGGAGGACGAUUCUUUCUCAAGGUCACAAAUUGAAGGACUAACACUUAUUAGGAGUGAAGUCUUGAAUUCAAGUCUUACAAGCUGUGACUAGUUUCUUAGUGAAACCAUUCUAAUUUGACUGUAUUUUAUCGACAUUGCUCAAGGGAUUUUUAGUUUACACAUUGAAAUCGAUCCAUUUUUUAAUCAACACCAUCUUUAGAAAUCGAAAUAGUAGAUGGGAAUGUCACU